CGGCGCCCCGGCUCCCAUUCCGCCUCCGUCUCGCGACCCGCAGGCCCUCCCUCGGUCUCCUCCUCCUCCGCCACAACCAUGGUGCUGAACGCCGAGGACCGCAGGCUGCUCCAAGCCUCCAUAAGCAAACUGGACCGUCGCUUCGAGGAACUUGGCGGCGAUGCGCUGUGCAGGUUGUUCAUAGUCUACCCGCAGACCAAGACCUACUUCCCCCACUUCAACAUGGGUGCGGGCUCGAAGGACGUCCUGCACCAGGGGGAGAAGGUGGCCAAGGCGCUGGGGAGCGCCUUGAACCACCUGGAUGACAUCCGCGGCGCCCUUUCCCACCUCAGCGACCUGCACGCCUACAACCUCCGCGUGGACCCAGUCAACUUCAGGCUGCUGGCCAAGUGCUUUCAUGUGGUCCUGGCCAUUCACCUGCGUGCCGAGUACAAUGCCUGCACCUGCCUGGCCUGGGACAAGUUCUUUGAAAUGGUGGGUGAAACGAUGUGUGAGAAAUACAGAUGAGCCCCGCGGGCUGCAGCCAGGCGCCCUCCCUCGCCUUCCACUGAGCUGCCUGCCAUUGGGACGCCUCACCGGGGCCAUCAAGCAAUAAAGUUGUCUCUGAACCACU